ACGCUGCAAAUCCCGAAAUCAUCGUCCGUACGGCGAGUUACGACGACUACCAGUCCCGUUGAGGCGAAGGGAAGCGAUUGCCAUGGACAUUACCGGCCCGUUCCCCAAGCACAAGACCGGAGUGGAUGGGAUUCUCACGGUGGUCGACAGACUCACCAAGUUCGCCAUGUUCUUGCCUUGUCGCUAUCACGCCAAGGCACCGGCGUUGGCCGAGGUUCUCUACGCCGGUUGGAUUCGAACCAAGGGUUACCCCAAGGAAAUCGUCUGUGACCGCGACACUCGGUUCAUGUCCGAUUUUUGGUUGGCACUCAUCAAGCGAUGGGGCUCAUCUCUCAAGCCCAGUUCAGCUCGCCACCCUCAGACCGAUGGCCAGACGGAGAGGGCGCAUCAAACCGCACAGGUUCUCCUUCGCACUCUCAUCCCCCCCGACCAAAAGGACUGGGUUGAGCGGCUGCCGGAUGUCGAGUUGGCCUACAACUCAUCUAUCCACCCGGCUAUCGGGAUGUCGCCCUUUGAGUUUGAGCACGGCUCGCCGGUCACUUCACCGUUGGACACUAUUACUCCACGAACGGUCGAGAGCGACGACCAUCUUCUUUUCUUGCGUCGGAUGCAAGAGCUUCUUGUCAAGGCACGCGAUCAGAUGACUAAGACGCAGCAGCGCAUGAGCCAACAGGCCAAUCACCAGCGUCUUCCUUGCCCAUUCCGCGCAGGCGACCUUGUUUGGGUUUCCGCAGCGGAAUUCAGCCUUGAACAAGACAUCUCUCGCAAGCUCCUCCCGAAAUGGAUGGGGCCUUGGCCGAUCGUAUCGCCCGCUGGGGACGCACCCGAAGGGCCUUCCUUCACGAUUCAGCUGCCUGGCCACUUGCCGGUCUACCCAGUCUUUCAUUGCUCCAAGUUGGCUCUUUACACACCAGCGGAACAUGACGAUAUUCCUGGGAGACGUACGCAAGACCCACCUUCUAUGGACGGUUUUCAUGAGGUCGGCGACAUCAUCUCCCAGGGACGCUACAACAACAAGCCAACUGAGUAUUUGGUGCACUUUGCAUACUGCACACACCGAGCUGACCGUUGGUUAACCCGUGCGGAACUUCAAGCAACAGCUCCAGACGUUCUCGCACGCUAUGAACACAAGAUGCAAGGCAAGCCGGUUUCUUCGGUUCCACGCCACGCCCGCGUCCAGGUUCCACCUUCAGAUCGUCGGCUUCGCCCUCGCCCCGGCUUGACUUCAUAAGGAGGGGGGGGUGUUACAUGCUGCGCCUGCACACGCAUGCCAUUUUGCAGGCCCGGCGCCCUUCAGCCAAAAAGCCUA